UCCUAGUUGUUCUCCAUGUGUUUUCCUCCGCAGCGUGUCUCCGGACUGUUUUCCUGUAGCUUCUCUCUCCGUUAACUUCUCGCUCCGGUAAACCUUCCGGUACCCGGUGUUUCCCGCCAUGCCGGGCGGCAGCGUUUUAUUCUCUGGAUUCCGGGUCCUCGCUCUCUACUCCAACCACGUGCCGCACGCGCUCCGGUACCACAAGAAGCACCGCGAGUUCUACCUGGUCACAGCGGCCGGGAAGUGCUUCCACACAUAUAAUGUGAACAGGUUGGGCAUCGUCUCCGUCAGUAACAGUCUGAGCGAUGACAUCAGCUGUUUGGCGUCAGACAGGAUGUUGGUGUUCGCCGCUGCAGGACGCCUCAUUAGCGCCUUCGCCCGGAACAAAGAGGUGGUGAUGUGUUACCGCGGACACCAUAAGGAAGUGCGCCUGCUGCUUCCUCUGGGCGAUCAGCUGAUCUCAGCUGAUGCUGGCAGUGAUGUCAUCGUGUGGGACGUGCAGGGGGGGGACGUCUACCUGCGGCUGCAGUUUGACUCCGCCUCCUUUGCUGUGUCCGCCAUGAUGCACCCAAGCACAUACCUGAACAAGGUGCUUCUGGGGAGCUCCCAGGGUGCAUUGCAGCUGUGGAACAUCAAGACCAGUAAAUUAUUGUUCACGUUCCCGGGCUGGUCGGCAGGGGUCACCGCUUUGCAGCAGAGUCCCGCUGUGGACGUGGUCGGAGUUGGCACGGCGACGGGGCGUAUCAUCAUUCACAACAUCCGAUUGGACGAGACGCUGAUGAGCUUCACGCAGGACUGGGGACCAAUCAGCUCGCUUGCUUUCAGGACAGACGGCUCCCCCAUCCUGGCGUCCGGCAGUCCGCAGGGCCACAUUGCAUUCUGGGAUCUGGAGCGCCGUCAGCUGGUGACUCAGCAGAGACACGCCCACAGCACCGCCGUCGCCGCGGCAACCUUCCUGCACGGCGAGCCGCUGCUGAUCACCAACGGGGCCGACAACGCCAUCAAGGUGUGGAUAUUUGACCAGGAGGGGGGCGGAGCUCGGUUGCUGCGGUGUCGUCAGGGACACAGUGCCCCACCCACCACCAUCCGUCACCACGGCAACGAUGGCAAAAACAUCCUCAGUGCCGGUCAAGACGGCACACUGCAGUCCUUCUCCACAGUGCAUGAGCGCUUCAACAAGAACCUGGGUCACGGUUCCAUCAACAAGAAGAAGGAGCAGAAGAAGAAAAAGGGUCUGUCGUACGAGCAGCUGCGUCUCCCCGCCAUCACUGCGCUGUCCUCUGCUGCUGCUCAUCAGUCGGACUGGGACGGCAUCGUGGCGUGUCAUCGCGGUCGCCUAGCAACCACCACGUGGAACUACCAGCGGUGCACCAUGGGAGCUCACCACCUGCAGCCGCCGGCCGAGCACAGGACUGGAGUCGCCACGGCUGUCGACAUCACUUCCUGUGGUAACUUUGCUGUGAUUGGAUCGUCAAGCGGCCGCGUCGAUGUCUACAACCUGCAGUCCGGCCUGCACCGCGGGGGGUUUGGGGGGGACAGAGCUCACACUGGGGCGGUGCGAGGCAUCGCCACAGAGACCCUGAAUCAGCUGACCCUUACCGCAGGCUCUGAUUGGCUGCUCAAGUUCUGGCGCUUCAAGACCAGGAAGCAGGAGGAGGAGCUGAAGCUACCUGCUGCGCCAGCUAGCAUGAUGCUACACAGAGACAGCGGGAUGUUAGCAUUAGCGCUGGACGACUUCACGCUGCUGGUUGUUGACAUAGAAACUAGACGGGUCAUCAGGAAGUUUGCCGGUCAUCACGGUAACAUCAACGACAUGACUUUCAGCCCUGACGGCCGCUGGUUGGUUACCGCGGCGAUGGACUGCACCAUCCGUACCUGGGACCUCCCCUCCGGAUGUCUGGUCGACUGUUUCCUGGUUGCCAUGGCGCCGACGAGCAUGUCGCUGUCACCGACCGGAGACUUCCUGGUUACGACGCACGUCGACAGUCUGGGCGUUUACCUCUGGACCAAUAAGAGCCUGUGUGGGCCCGUCGGACUCCGCCCCCUCCCGGCUGACUUCCUGCCGUCAGAGGAGACGCUGCCAGGAGUCAAGGCAGAUGCUUCAGAACAGGAAGUCACAUCAGAGGAGUUUGAUGAUGCGUACGAGUCCGCUGAGCAGCUGGGGGCGGAGCUAGUGACGCUCUCCCUACUGCCGGAGUCCAGGUGGAAGAGUCUGAUGCACCUGGACGCCAUCAAGAGGAGGAAUAAGCCCGUGGCCCCCCCUGCUGCUCCGGCGGCCGCUCCGUUCUUCCUGCCGACAGUUACCGGGCUCACGCCUCGAUUCACGUCGCCCACGGCAACAGAAGAAACACAGUCUCGGCUGCUGGGCUCGGCUCUGCUGAGUCAGCGCUCUGAGUUCACCUCUGACCUGGAGUCCGCUCUGCAGACCAGAUCCUUUGAGCGCCCGCUGCGUCUCCUGAAGGAUUGUGGACCUGCGGCGGUCUCCCUGGAGAUCACCUCUCUGACAUCACCAGGGGGCGGGGCCAGCCUGCUGCCCGCCUUCAUCCAGAUGAUUGACAGCAUGCUGGCUAGUGGGCGGGACUUUGACCUAGCACAGGGUUACCUGGGGCUUUUCCUGAAGCUGCACCUGCGCUCCCUGUCUCAGGACUCUGUUGCCAUGGCAGCGUUACUCAACCUCUCCAAUAGGCUGGAGGCAGGCUGGGCGGAGCUACGCACGUCUUUCGACCAAUCAAUGUGUUUGCUGUCAUAUGCUAAGAGUGCACUGCUGUGAUACACACACACACACACGGCAGCAUUGUAAUAAAAUGUGUUGAUCCUC